CUUGAACUGCACACCCGAUCAACGAACCAAUUUUUUGAUUCUUAUUUGACUCUUGAAACGUUCACUUGACGUUCACACCACCGCAUGGCCUGAAGAUGGUAUCGUAAAGGCUGACGUUCUUCUACGACACGUCAUAUUUAGACGAAUGUCCGGCUUUCAGCCGUUGUAUUAGGAUGCUCUAUUCGAGGACAUCGCGAUAACCGAAUCAAUCUUUUGGGAAUCAGAACCGUCUUUUCUCUCAUUCACCCUCUUUCAGAUUUCCCUAAAAGUUCAUCGAGCUGUUUAGAAGCCUGCCGAAGGCCAUCAACUCUCGUGAUUCCUCGUGCCCUUUGGAAGUUACUUGUCACAGAUGAGUCAACGAUUGAUAUAGGACAGUCAGUUCUUAAACCAUCGUUAUUCUUCCUUUUGAACAUACAAAUAUGGAUCCUCAACUCUUCGCGUCAAAGACCUUUGACUAUCUCGUUAUUGGUGGCGGAACUGCCGGUCUUACUGUGGCAUCGAGACUUGCCGAGGACAAAAACAUUCAAGUCGGCGUCAUUGAAGCAGGAGAUGCUCGUCUCGAUGACCCGCUCAUCAACGUCCCUGCUAACACGGGACGGACCAUGGGAAAUUCGACGUACGACUGGGGUUUUAUGACUGCACCACAAAAGGGGGCGAACGAACGUACUUUUCCUGCUGCGAGAGGCAAGUUGCUUGGCGGAUCCAGUUCCAUGGCUUUCUUGUCUUGGAACCGUGCUUCGAAGUUUGAAUACGACUCAUGGGACGCUUUUGCCUCGAACAAAGGAUGGAACUGGGAAGGCUUAUUGCCCUACUUCCGCAAAUCCACGGCUAUUACAUCCGACCGAGUGAACACCUUUCCGGGAAUUUCUGCCCCUGAUACUUCGGCUGGAAACAAUCCAGAAUACUUGGGCCUCGAUGGACCUGUUCAGUUGUCGUAUAACCAAGUUGACCCCGAUACCGUUCCUAUCUAUGUCAAGACGCUCAACGAAUUGGGGAUCAAGACAAACCCAACUCCGGACAACGGUGAACUCACUGGCGUGAUAAAUUCUCGUAUGAACAUCGACUCUCUUACUGGUACCCGCUCAUACGCAGCAACCGCUUACUUCCGUCGCUCUGAAACGCGUGACAAUUUCCAUGUAUUGACGAAAGCACAAGCGACGAAAAUUCUCUUCGACCCUACUAGGAAAUCAGCUGGAAUAGAGGCAACUGGAGUCGAGUUCCAAGUCGAAUCGCAAACGUUCACUGCACAUGUGAGAAAGGAAGUAAUUCUCGCAGCAGGUGUCUAUCAGUCACCUCAACUCUUGGAGCUAUCCGGGAUCGGUAAUCGCAGUCUCCUAGAGAAGUUGGGUAUAUCAACAAUCAUUGAUUUGCCAGAAGUGGGCGAAAAUAUGCAGGAUCACUUUGUUGGGAGUUCUCAGUACGAGCUCAAGCCUGGAAUCCUCACUUUUGAUGAAUUGAGGAACAACCCUGCUUUCGCUACUGAACAAGCUGAGAUUUAUGCGAAAACGCAUGGCGGUAUGCUCGCAUCAUUCAAUACUGCGCUGUCCUUCCUUCCCUUCUCUCACUUUUUGGCUGAUGAAAAGGCCAAGUCUCUUAUUGAAGCAUUCGAUCAGGCUAUCUCUAGCAGGUCCAAAACCACCCCUCUUCAAGCUAAGCAAUAUGCCGUACAGCGUGAAUGGCUCGCAAAGGGCAUAAUUCCACAAAUGGAGCUCAUGCUUUUAAGCAAUGGUUUCAUCAAUCCAGAGCCUGGAAAAAGCUAUAUCACUGUUCUUAGUGCUGGAUUGCACCACAUCAGCCGAGGAUCUGUGCAUAUUAAAUCAAAAGAUCCUCUUUUGCCACCUGUCAUUGACCCAAAAGUAUUUGACAGUGAAUUUGAUGUGAAGCUGGUACUUGAAGGCCUGAAGUUUAUGCAACGAGUGGCAGGUACCAAACCACUGGUGGAUAUUAUUGAAUCCACUAUGCUUCCUCCACCGAUGCUGCAAACUGAUGAGGAACUGACUGGGUUUCUCAAAGCAUGUGUUGGUACUGCUCAGCAUCCAAUGGGGACGGCAUCUAUGGGACCACAAGAACUUGGUGGAGUGGUGGAUGGUGAUCUCAAGGUAUAUGGAACAACUAAUCUUAGGGUAUGCGAUGCGAGCAUAAUCCCUCUUGGCUUGGGUGCACACCUGCAAGCUACCAUCUAUGCAAUCGCAGAAAAGUUAGCAGACAUGAUCAAGGCAACUGUGUAAAAGGGUGGUGACAUUGAAGAAAUCAGCUUAGUCAGGUACAUUGUAGAUUAGCCUAGUUGACGUGAACAUUCACAAGGCAUAUUUCAACCUUAAACAAUGAAAUACUAGUUACUUUUUCA